GCGCGUACUCGCGCGGCCCGCGGCGACGCGGUGGCGCCCAAACAACGGCGGCCGCCCGCCGGAGUCGGCUCGCAGAGAAACGUGUGUGCCGCCGCGAACGCGAUGUCGCAGUCGCCCGUGGAUAGCCGCCGUCGUCCUUCUCGUGGACAGCUUGCCGCCAGCUCCUCCAACGGGCACAGGAGGGGCGCGGCAGGAGGGCGCUGGUAAGAGCCCUGGCAUGGAACCAUGGUGGCUGUGUCGUACCGCCGGGCCCGCCUGCUGGUGCUGGCCCUGCUCGCCAGCGGGUUUCUCGUGGCUCGCAUCCACCGAGCGCAGCUGGGAGGCGGAGCAGCGCCCGUCGUCCUCACGGGACAGCAGGCGCUGCAGGUCACGAUUCCUCUAGAGCUGUCCCAAAGGCCUGCGUCUCAACCACCUACCAAGUUCCCCAAGUACCCCUUCAAGUACUAUGACCCCCAACUUCCACCCAGACAUGAAAUUCGGGACAGAGACUCGUUCUCGUAUUUCGAGCCCGUUGGCAACGGCACCUGUUUCGUGCUUGGCACCGAUCUUAACGCGAGCCACAGUUCGUGCAUCUGCCGGCCAGGGUGGACUUCGGACGACUGCAGCUUGCCCGAAGCCAUCAGUUCUUCCAAGCGAUUCAGACGUCGCUGGACCAACAAGAAAGUGCACCGCAGGAACGGCCGGCCGCGGCGUCUCGUUAACGCAAUCAACGUAAACCACGAGCUCGACCUCUUGGAGGUGCGGUUGCGAGAACUGUACAACGUCGUCGACGUGUUCGUCGUCUGCGAGUCCAACUACAGCGCCAGGGGGGAGCCCAAGCCGUUGCACCUCCUUCCGGAGCUCCGAAAAGGAUUCCUGGCGCCAUACCAAAACAAAAUCGUGCACGUCUUCCUCGACCACUUCCCGAAGAAAGGUCGGGAAGACGGCUGGUUCGCCGACGGCUACCAGAGGAGCUUCCUCUGGCGGCAGGCCAAGAGGCAACUCUCGGGACUCAGGGACGACGACCUCUUCGUUCUGACGGACGCUGACGAGAUACCGAGGGCGGGUCCGCUGGCGUAUCUCAAGACGCACGAGGGCUUCGGUGAACCCAUGUUUCUGCGGCUGCGUUGGACGCUGUACGGGUUCUUCUGGCAGCACGUGCAGGAGCACGUGCAAGUGCUCUCCGUGUGCACGAUGCGCUUUCUGUCGAGGGUGCUGGGCAAUGACGCGGCACGCCUACGUCGCGAGGACAUCCCGGCCAACUCGGAGGAACUCUACGGAGGAGAGCUCGAGGACUGGACGCUGGGCCAGAACGGCGAUUUCAACGCCGGCUGGCACUGCUCGUGGUGCUUCGACGUCGAGGGGCUCCGAGUGAAGCUCAAGUCUGCGCAAAAGGACGACGGCAUCCGGUGGGGCGACUUUCCGGAAAAGACGUCCGCUCGCUUCUUGAGCGUCCUCGUCAGACGUGGCCUGUGGUUUGACGGCAAGAAAGUGACUAAGCCGAGCGUACUGACUCGAGGGGGCACUGUGCCGUCGUCCGUGAUGGACGACGAUAAAUACAGUUACCUCCUGUCGCCUGACAACGGGACUGGACACAGGCCGGAGCUGCAAUAGUUUUCCGUCGGGAUGUGCGGCUUUCUAUCCUGAACAAUUUACAACAAUCGUCUUCCAGGGCACAACAACUUAGCAGCACUAUCUUAAGGGACGCUGAAGAGGUUCUCGGGGGAAAAAAACUGAGCUAAAACACAGAGUCCUAAGGCGUUAGACUUCCCUUUGCAAAAUGGGAACCAUCCAGAAAUCUGUUAGAUAAGAGCCGUAGCAAAUUACGCGUGUAAGUUUGCCGCCUUUUCUGACCGCCUACUCGGUGUCGACGUAACAUCUGCUAUGCAGUGUUGUCCAAGCUUCAUCGAAGCGUGCAGAUUGAUCAAGGCCACAGUUUUUUUCCAUGUGAUGACACCAAGAUGUCCUUGGGCGGGGCCAUUACCAACCUCCCACAGUGUCUUCUGCUCUGUCCGCUCGAGUAAAGGUUUGGGCAGCUAAUUUUGGAGCGGGACGCGGCGAAUCUAAUUGAAUUCGGAAGUUAUAUUGAUAAAUAUCUGCGCAUCGAGCAACGGACUUCGCCGUUUCUAGCUUGGAAAACCUCUUCAGUUUUCUUUUUUUUUUCUUUUUUUUUUCUUAUCUGGCUGCACAUUUCGAAAAAUACGUUCGCAAAUCUACUUCGCCUGUAUGGCUUUCGAAGUAUGUUGCGAAGGCGAAGAAGUUAAGGCUAUGCAGGCAGGCGAAAAAUCAUAUAUAUCAUAUCACUUCGCAGUUGUCAGGCCAACCCCGUGCUGGACGCGGAUGGCGCUUUUUAUCGCUAUCGCAUGCCAAUAUUGACAUUUAGCAACGAGCUUGUCAAGCAACGCACAGGCGCUGGUUCGCUGCUUCCCUGCCAGACCACAUAGCGUCAUCGGUCACAAAUCUUUAUCAUCUUUGUCGGCGUCUCGCAUCACCGCAUGCAUACGCACCUGCGCGCUCUGAUGUCAGUGAAAUGGACUGUAAAGUCUGGUGAAAUAUGCAUAAACAUACUCGCAGCUGCCUUCAUUUUUUUUUUUUGUACAGCUGCUUAUAGUAUUGAACUAAGCUUGCAGACCGGGCCUAUUGUAAACCAAAGUAUGUCUCUAUUUGUCCCAUCUGCUCGUCUUACACGUACCGCCGAGAACAAGGUGAGUGCGACGAUGCUUGUGAUCUGUGGAAAUAAAAGUGUACUUAUUAAGGAGUUUGUCGCUCCUUAUCGCAAU